AUGGCGCCGCCAAAAGACUAUACGACGCAGUCAAACUACGCUGAGGUGAAGGAGGUAGCGCGGCACUAUGAGCUGGACGUUGACUUCGGCCGGAACGUGAUCGAGGGGUACGCCAAGGUCACGGCCGAGGCGCUGGCGCCCGGCGGCCGCCUGGUGCUGGACACCCGCGGCCUGUCAGUCAGCCGAGUGGAGCUCCUGCCCGGCAGGCAGCCGCUAGACUUCAACCUGGGCCAGCCCCACAAGGCGAGCGCGCGCCUUGUCGCGCUCGCCCUGGGCACUGCCCUCGAGAUCCACCUGCCUUCACAGCUGGCGGCCGGGGAACAGGUGGUGGUUGGUGUGCGCUACGCGACGUCCCCUGACAGCAGCGCGCUGCAGUUCCUGGCGCCCUCCAUGACAGCGGGCGGCGCCCACCCCUACCUCUUCUCCCAGUGCCAAGCCAUACACGCGCGCUCCAUGGUGCCAUGCCAGGACACUCCCGCCGUGAAGGCGCCCUACACCGCGGCCGUGCGCGUGCCCGCAGCCCUCACGGCCCUCAUGAGCGCUGUGCCCCAGGACGCCGGCGCCGGCGCGGGCGAGGGCCUGCCAGGCGUGGACGAGGGAGCUGCCGCGACGGAGGGCGAGCGCCGCACCUUCUAUUUCACCCAGAAGGUGCCCAUCCCAUCAUACCUCAUAGCCCUCGCGGCCGGGCAGCUGGAGAGUCGCGAGAUAUCCCCCCGCACGCGUGUGUGGAGCGAGCCCAGCGUGGUGGAUUCGGCCGCCUACGAAUUCGCAGAGACGGCGCGCUUCCUCGACGCGGGGGAGUCCAUCGCAGGGCCCUACGUGUGGGGUCGCUACGACCUGCUGCUGCUGCCGCCCUCCUUCCCCUACGGCGGCAUGGAGAACCCCUGCCUCACGUUUGUGACCCCCACGCUGCUGGCCGGCGACCGCAGGCGAGGCCGCGGAAGGGGGAAAGGGGACUGCGCUGCCCUGACCAACGUGGUGGCUCACGAGAUCGCACACAGCUGGACGGGCAACUUGGUCACCAACGCAUCCUGGGCCGACUUUUGGCUGAAUGAGGGGUGGACAGUGUUCUUGGAGCGGAAGAUCUUGGGACGCCUGCAGGGCGAGAAGGCGCUGCAGUUCAACGCGUCCAGGGGUGCCAUGUCCCUGCAGGAGGAGGUGGCGCGCAUUGGCCCCGACCACAAUUUCACCCGGCUGGUGCCAGACCUGUCUGCUGGGGAGGACCCUGACGACGCCUUCUCACGCGUACCCUACGAGAAAGGGUUUUACUUCCUGUAUUACCUCCAGGGGUUGGUGGGGGGCCCCUCGCAGUUUGAACCAUUUGUGAAGGACUACCUGCAGCACUUUGCGUUCAAGACCCUCACCAGUGACGACUUCAAGGCCUUCUUCACCUCCUACUACGCUGACAAGGCGCCCGACGCAGUCAGCAAGAUUGACUGGGACGCGUGGCUGUAUUCCCCUGGCAUGCCGCCAGAGAAGAAUGAGUACGACGACAGCCUGGCGGCCGCGGCCAAGGACCUGGCGGUUCGGUGGCACACUGCUGACGUGUUGGGCGUGGGCGCGGAGGCGCCAGCCGGGGUCGGCGCGGGCGACAUCCAGGGCUGGGGCAGCGACCAGGCCCUCGCCACAUGA